GACCUACUUAUGACCAUUAAAAAAAAGUGACAACUAGCCUACUGCAGAGCCUUUAUGGGCAAUAAAGAAUAAAAAGUAGGUAAGAAGGUACAUAAUAUAAAUGCCCAUUUUGCCAUAAUGCGUUUUUUAUUACUAUUUGUUUCCAGUUACAUAAGAGGUUAUCUUCGUAAAACAAUGAAUGAUUAUUCUAAUCGACGUAUGAGCAAAGUAUUGUAAGCGAGUUUUCAGUACAAAACAGAAGUAGCAAAUUAUUACAGUGAGUAAACUGCUUGCUUAUCGGUCAUACGUGGUCGUUAUUAUUUCGAAUACACACGUCUCAUUGCCAAGUCAAGAUGUCCAAUUCAAGUGCCUUCAAAUCCAGCAAAAUAGUGCCCGAUGUAGUCGAUUCUCCGCCUGAUAGCACCAUUGAGCUAAAUUACCCAAGCGGCGCCAAAGCAGAUCUUGGCAACGAGCUCACACCGACGCAAGUCAAAGAUCAGCCCACCGUAUCUUUUGCAGCUGACCCCGGCUCAUAUUACACGCUUAUCUUUACCGAUCCGGAUAACUACGACGGGCCUGAGUUAGUGUACCGAGAGUGGCACCACUGGCUAGUAGUCAACAUCCCGGGAAGCAACUUAUCUGAAGGAGAAGUGCUGUCGGGUUACAUCGGCUCCGGCCCCCCAGAAGGCACGGGCAUCCAUCGCUACGUCUACAUACUGUUCAAACAACCCGGAAAACUGAGCUUCGAUGAGAAGAAACUUGAUAAUAAGUCUGUUGAUGGUCGCGCUGCCUUCUCCACUAAGAAGUUUGCAGAGAAGUACAACUUGGGAGCACCAGUAGCUGGAAACUUCUACCGUGCACAAUUCGACGAUUAUGUACCUCUAUUGUAUAAGAGUCUAGGGGCAUAAGGAAAUUAUUAAAUAUCUAACUACGUA